AUGUCUACCCGUAAACACAACGACUUUCUUGACGCAGGGGAUAGUGAGGAGGAUGGGAGUCAAGGCUACAAUUCCGAAGCCGAGGAUCUACAAAAGGGGGCAAGAAGUGUGAAGAGGCGGAAGAUUGAUCGAGACGAGGUCGAUGCGAGCGAUGUGAGCGAUGAGGAAGUAGAGGACGAGGAAGAAUUGGAGUCUGAGCAUGCGCUGGAGGACAAGAAAAGAGCUAUUGAAGAGGGUGAGAAGGCCGAGAAGAAGGAAACUCGCGCGUCAAAGGAGCUUCCCAACGUCUCGAAGCCCCUCGCGAAAAAGAAUCUCGUCGCAACAAACGCUGCAAUCAAACGAUCCGGAGUUGUGUACUUAUCUCGAAUACCUCCAUUUAUGAAACCCACGAAAUUGCGAUCCCUACUCGAACCGUUCGGCGAAAUCAACCGCAUAUUCCUGUCACCAGAAGACCCAUCCUCUCAUGCUCGACGAGUGAAAAACGGCGGAAAUAAAAAGAGGUCCUUCACCGACGGCUGGGUCGAAUUCGUCAAUAAGAAGGACGCGAAAAGCGCAUGCGAGCUCUUGAACGCUCAAAUUAUAGGUGGCAAGAAGGGCACAUAUUACCACGACGAUGUAUGGAAUUUAUUAUACCUGAAGGGCUUCAAAUGGCACAAUUUGACAGAGCAAAUUGCUGCUGAGAAUGCGGAGCGGGCUAGUAGAAUGAGAGCUGAGAUUAGCAAGACUACGAAGGAGAACAAGGAGUUCGUUCAGAAUGUUGAGAGAGCUAAGAUGCUGGAGGGUAUGGAAGCGAAGAAGGCUGCACAGAGACGGAAGGCAGAUGAGGAGAAUCCAUCAAAGGAGGUCAAGUUGCCAGACGCGAAGAAGAAGGGCGGAGAAAGGCCACGCCAUUUUAAACAGACUCAAGUUGCUGCGAAGAGGAAACCGGAGGAUCAACCAGAUCAGGUGAAGAGGGUAUUGAGCAAGAUCUUCUAG